UUGUUUGGAGUAGUUUCCCCCUUCCCUAAGAUCCAAGAUGGCGACUUCCAGUAAAGUAAACACAUUGCGUUCUUGUGAAGAGGUGGUGUUUGUGAGCACCAAAAGUUCAGAAGAAGGCAGCUGGAAUGUUGCAUCAUGGGAUGCUCGAACAGGAAAUCUUCUUCAGACCCACCGUCAUGGCUCUUCUUCCCCACAUACACUUUGCAUGCUGAAUGGAGAAUGUAUACUGGCAGCCUCCCAUUCAAAACCAGUGAUUCAUGUCUGGAAUAUGUUGAGACAAGGUCAAAAACACAGAAAAUUGAUAUGUGGUGCAAAAAUAGCGGCGCUUGCCACAAGCCCAGAUAACAACUGGAUUGCUGCUGGCAUGGAAGACAAAAUCUACAUUUGGCAAGUAUGCACAGGAAACCUGUACAGUGUCUUGAGCCACAGUAGUGUUGAAGUGAAGUGCCUUAAGUUCACUCCUAGUGGCCAACAUUUGGUGUCAGCAUACAAGGAUGGCUCAGUGUGUGUUUGGGAACUUCAAGAUGCAGUGACUCUGGAUCCACACCGCAUCAAUGAGGUCAGACCAGUGAAUACCUUCUUUGGUCACUCUGGGGAGGUGACAGAUCUACACAUCAGCCUGUCCAAUACAGUGGUCACGUGUGGCACAGACUUCUCUGUCAGAGUUUGGUCUCUGUUCUCCAGUGAAGAGUUGAAAAUGUUUGAGCUGGGCACUGCUGUCACCUCUGUAGUAAUGGAUCACAGCGAACUCACCUUGUAUGCAGGAGAUGCCAAUGGAAACGUCUUCUCCAUUGAUUUACACCACAAACCAGCUGUUAGAUCAGUUCACUUAGAUGUGAGAGAACCAAGUGAUGGCUUCAUUGUCUAUCCAGCACAUUCUGCAGCUGUGCGACGCCUUUGCCUCAGUCAAGACAAUGUCCGCAUUGUGUCUGCAUCGGAUGACAUGACAGUAAAAAUAUGGAGUUUAAUUUCCACUGUUCAUCCCAUCACAAUUGAUCUAAAUGAGCAAGUGUGUGAUCUUCUGGUGACCCCUGUACCUGCUGCUCUUGUAAACCCUGAUGCAAAGCCUCGUGUAUUCCUCUCAAAUCUCAAACGCAACAUACAUGAAGUAGAGGCUGAUGGUGCUGAGGAUGAAAUCUUUAUCGAUAUUCCUGUGAAAUUGCCGCAGGUCUCAAAGCCACAGAUGCAGAUGCCUACCUCAGGGGUGGAAGAAACCAGUGUCACAAUGCAAGGGAACAAUUCAUCACUUUUGAAGAAGCACCCAGAUGUUGUCAGCUUGAAGGAUAAAGCAAACAAGUUGAAGAAAGCAAAUGAAGAAAUCUAUCAAUUUGCUCUCAAAGAAAUUAUUAAAUAAAACAUUGUAAAAGAAAAAA